UUAAAGCGACUAAUGGAUCCAGAAGCUGGGAUUAACAGGACAGCUAUCACCGAGUUCAUCCUACUAGGCCUAGUAGAAACAGAGAAGCUGCAAUCUGUUCUGUUUGUGCUCUUCUUCUUUGCCUAUCUGGUCACAGUUGGGGGCAACCUCAGCCUCCUGGCAGCUGUCUUGCUGGAGCCCAAACUCCACACCCCCAUGUACUUCUUCCUGGGGAAUCUCUCAGUGCUAGACGUUGGGUGCAUCAGCGUCACUAUUCCCUCAAUGUUGGGUCGUCUUGUGUCCCACAAGCGUACAAUAUCCUAUGAUGCCUGCCUCACGCAGCUCUUCUUCUUCCACCUUUUGGCGGGUGUAGACUGCUUCCUGUUGACAGCCAUGGCCUAUGACCGAUUCCUGGCCAUCUGCCGGCCCCUCACCUACAGCACCCGCAUGAGACAGACAGUCCAGAGGAUGUUGGUGGCUGUGUCCUGGAUGUGUGCCUUCACCAAUGCACUGACUCACACUAUUGCCUUAACUACCCUCGACUUUUGUGGUCCCAAAGAGGUCAAUCACUUCUACUGUGACCUCCCACAGCUCUUCCAGCUCUCCUGCUCCAGCACCCAACUCAAUGAGCUGCUGCUCUUUGCUGUGGGUUUCAUAAUGGCAGGCACACCUGUGGUUCUCAUCAUCAGUUCCUAUAUCCAUGUAGCAGCUGCAGUUCUACAGAUCCGUUCAGUAGAGGGCAGGAAGAAGGCCUUCUCCACGUGUGGCUCCCACCUCACUGUGGUUUGCAUUUUCUAUGGGACAGGUAUCUUCAACUACAUGCGCCUGGGUUCAGAGGAGGCUUCAGACAAGGAUAAAGGGGUAGGGAUUUUCAACACUGUCAUCAACCCCAUGCUAAACCCACUCAUCUACAGCCUCAGAAACCCUGAUGUUCAGAGUGCCCUGAGGCGAGUCUUUGUAGGGAGACCGCCACUGCCCUGA